CGUCAAUCUGGUCGAGCUUUCCAUUCGAUUGAGUAAACGACUAUAGAAGUGUAAUGGUCAAUCGCUAGGUCCAUCUAUAUUUUUUCAUCCAGUCCGAGCAGCUCCGAUACCGAAACGACCGCGACGAGUCCGAUUCCGAGUUCCAUAGUAGAGUGUAGAGGCCCCCCUUGCAGUGGCUUUGGCAUUGAGUGUGAUUCAGUGCUUGAGACCGGUUCAAGUUGUACGAGGCGAUUUCUUUGAAUUAACGGACUGCGUUGCAGUUGAAAAUCGGAUUUAAAAAAAAAAAAAAAUCGAGAAAAAAAAACAAAAAAAAAAUAAAUAAUUGUAUAUUAACAUACUUUGUGGAAUUUAUGGUUAAAAAAUAACCUAAAAAUCUGUGAAUUCAAGUUAUUUGAAUUAUUAAGAGAAAAUUUACUUAAAAAAAUUCACAAAAUUUAAAGUGAAAAGGAAAAAUUGAAAAAGUGUGAAAGUUUUUAGCGGGGUGUGUCGUUUCGUUAAACGACGACAACGACAACAAGCAGUGAUUUCGGGAUUCUCUAUAUUCCUUCGUAGUAAAAACGAAUAGGUUUAUAGUUGCCUCUGCCUAUAUUGUAAGCAAUCGGAAUUUUCUUCUUGUUUGUUUUUAUUUCUUCGCGAUUUCCUUGGUGAGGUGGUGAAUUGGAAUGUGCGUUUUUGUUUGUUUGUUUGUUUAUUUACUGUGAAUACACCCUAAAUGGGAUCAAUUCUCAAAAGAGGUUGAUUCUCUUUUGCUCUCUCCUGAGGAUUAUUAACACCCUGGAUUUUUUUUUUUUGUAGUUUGAUAAAUUGGUUGAAGGAGGUUUCCCGUUAGAAAAAGAAAAUUAAGAUAAACUACCGUCAUAAUGAAAACAUAAGACUUGUUUCUGCAAAGCUUCAAACAAAAAUAAUUCAAAUAUCUCAACCCCCCACAGGACUCAAUAAAAUUUUAUUGAAUAGUUUUAAUGAAAAAUGCCAUCACUCGUAACUGUAUUAGCCAGUCCAUUAAAUUACACAACAUCUACAUUGAGGAACCGAACACAAUUCCCAUCAUCAAUUAAUAUUGACGAUGGAGGUGGUGGUGGUGGAAUUGGAGGAAUUGAACAAAAUGCCGAAGCAAUAUUACCAAAUUUCCUGCCAUCAUCUGAAUCAUUUGAUAUACCUGCCACGUUUAGUCCACCUGGUGUAGGUAAUUUAUUAGCAUCAGGUUCAAAUGCUGUUUAUUAUGAAGAGACUGCGUCAUCAUUAUUAUCUUCUUCUUCAUCAUCUGCCUCCUCAUCAUCAUCAUCAUCAUCAACAUUUGAAUUCUUCGAAGAUGCUGCUGAAUUUUUUAAUUCACCUCUGCCAUUUGAUGCUAGUGAAAACGGUCUAUUUAAUGGACGUUUUGUACCGCCACCACCAAGGCCGCCAUUUUUAAUGGAUGAACCUGUUAUAACUGAUGGACUGACUACGUGUGAUUUGUGCUCAUGGGCAAUGCCAACUAAAAGUACAUUCAUAUUUGAAGGAACGAUAGAGAAAGCAUCCGAAUUAGGAUGGCCACUUACGCUUAUCAUAGUCUCAAUAUUAUCAGCAAUACUAGGUGCAAUAAUUAUGAUUACAGUCGUUAGAUGCAAGAGAAAAAAAUCAUCGAACAAUCGAAAUGAAACUCAUGUUCAAUGGUGGUCGAGAAACAAGCGGCCAAAUAACAACAACCAUCUACGGCGAAGCAACAUUUACACCGCACAUCCUGCGGAUAGUAUUAGAGGAUUGAAUGGUCAGCAGCAGCCUCCGCAGAUUCAGCAGCAGCUUAAUCAACAAGCAACGUUACAGCCCCAGGAGUCGCAACUGUAUCAACAGCAGCACAAUCGUCAUAAUCAUAAUCACUUCCCCCAUCCCCCGCAUCAUCAUCACCACCACCAGCACCAAGAGCAGCCACAACAUCAGCAGCAACAGCAUCCGAAUCACCUGCAACAACUGCAACACCACAGCAGCAGCAGCCUCUCCAACAUGGCCCCCAUUACCACAGAUACGUGCAAUUGGCCAAACGUUUCAACCCUCGUUGUGCCCAGCUGAAACCGUGUUUCCGCCUUACAACGAAAACCUCGAAUCCUCUAGGGGCUGAAGCUGAAGCGACAUGCAGUCAACCGAACUAACAGCAAAGUAUCUUUCCUCCAUGUCAUGUAUUCAUCCAUCCAUCGCCAUUUGUACGAUAUUGUAUCUCCAUCAACCAGCUCCGACCCCAGCCCCAACUUCGAAUGAACGCACAGUUAUUUCAACUUUUUGCACUUGGCUUGUCCUUGCCACCCCGGAAGCUACUAUGCGGUUCGACUGACCUAAAUAAAGAAACGGGAUGUGGUUGUUGGCAAAUGAGCAGAGAAGGCGAAAGUAAAGGCAUCCAUCCGCUUCGAAAAGAGAGGACUUGUGUGCAUCAUGUUUUUCGAAAAUAGAAAAAAACUCGAACAAAAAAAGAAUAUGACACCUCAAUUAGAGUGGCCAUUGAGGAUGAAUGCCUGUGGUGUCAGAGUGUAUAACAUGCUGGGGUUGGGAUAAGUCUCGUCGGACGGAUACUUUGUUGCUGUUGUUGCAGGCCAACAAUAAAUCCAAUAUACUUGGGGGGCUGCAUCAGUUCGUUACCGCCGCUAUUGUAAGUUUAUUUUCAAAGCAAUCUAUCAUUGUAGAAUAGGAUACUCGUUUAUUGUGCGUAUUUCUCUUCAUCUUUCUGAUUAAUCAAGAACUUUUAU